UGCCAUACCUCAUUAUAGAAACAGACACUGUUGAGCAAUGGCGAGGGCCUGAUUUCAUCCCCAUACAACAACUGGGACAAUUUAAUUUUUUCAAUCUUAAACGAUCUAAUCUCAAGUGGAGCCACAGACCGUAAAAUCAAGAUGGACAGCUUAGAAAAGCAGCUCAUUUGUCCCAUUUGUCUGGAAUUGUUCACCAAACCCGUUGUGAUUCUUCCUUGUCAACACAAUCUGUGUCGGAAAUGUGCUAAUGAUAUUUACCAGUCUUCAAAUCCAUACCUUCCCACUAGAGGAGGUACAUCGAUGUCAGGUGGCCGUUUCAGGUGUCCGUCCUGCCGGCAUGAAGUUGUAAUGGAUCGUCAUGGGGUCUACGGUCUGCAGAGAAAUCUUCUGGUGGAAAACAUCAUUGACAUGUACAAACAGCAGUUCAUCAGGUUAGAUCUGGAAAAUGAAUAUCUCACGAAGCUGUCAUGGGUUGUCCUUACAUGGCUUAAAAAAGAUGCCUUGUGCUUUGAUAAAGUAAUUCUGGAUGUCAGACCUUCCCACUCAUUGAUCUAUUAUUAUCAAAGUAACAGCAGCAGACCAUCUCCUGAGAGCAAGGUUGACCAGCCGAUGUGUGAGGUCCAUGAAGACGAGAAAAUCAACAUCUACUGCCUGACCUGCGGUGUCCCCACUUGUUCUAUGUGUAAAGUGUUUGGCUCUCAUAAGGACUGUGAAGUGGCUCCCCUUGACAGCAUAUUCCAGACAAAAAAGACAGAGCUCACGGAUGGAAUAGCAAUGAUGGUGAGCAAUAAUGACAGGAUCCAAGGCAUCAUCAGUCAGUUAGAGGAGACCUGCAGGACCAUAGAGGAAAAUGGAAGGCGACAAAAAUCCCAGGUGUGUGAAAAGUUCGACCACUUGUACGCUAUUCUGGAGGACAGGAAAAGAGAGAUGGACCUGAAAGUGGCCGGUGAAAAGGAAGAGAAAUUGAACUAUAUCAAUGGCCUCAGAAAGAAAUACGGAGAUCAUCUGGAUUCCAUGACCAAAAUCAUGGAAACAGGAAUCCAAACACUGGAAGAACCAGAGAUGGCUGUUUUCUUAAAGAAUGCCAAAUCCCUCUUUCAGAAAAUUACAGAGGUAUCGAAUACCUCUCACCUAGAGAGAGUAGAGCGUGGAUAUGAGAGCAUGGAUCAUUAUUAUGUGAGCUUCAAGAAAGAAGGCAAGGCCCUACGCAAUAUUGACUUUGCCAGAGAAGACGAAGAAGAUGACGAUGAUGACGAUGAAGAUGAGGCUGCCGUUGAUUCCGGACCCCGGACAGAACAGACAGCUUUAGGUGGGCCGGACACACUGGGCAAUUUGGACGAACCUCUACCUCCCCUCCUGCCUCCACAAACCCCAAACAAACAAACAAAAACAUCUACCACAUCAUCCUAAUUUCUAAAGCACCAUUCACAUAUGUGGACUUACAUGCAUCAAUCUGAUCUUCUAGCAACCUGUUAGAAGCACAUGAAUACCCUUAGAAUUACAGCAAUGACUGUGUGGACACUGUCAAAAAUCAACUAUUUUAAACAUACGCUGUUGCUGUUUUUUUCUGUUACUGUAUAAGUAAAGUCACUAGAUGACUAAAUAUAAAUGUAGAUGACUUAAGAAAUCCUUCCAAGAUUUGUGGUGUUGUUUACUGCGUAGGGAGUGUUCGGGUGAUAUUUUCAUUAUGUUGGCACAGCGAUGGAAUUUGAGUUAUGAAUGAUAUGAUUCCCUUUAAAUGUUCCCUGUAUUUCAUAUUUAUAAAUGUCAACGACAAAUAAAAGGUUACCCGUG